AUCGGUGGGGGGCCCCCCGUGCGCGCGCUGCCUGCUCUGAGCGCCGCUCCUACCUGUGGCGCCCGGGAGCGCGUCCCUUCUCCCGGCACCUGCACCUGCUCCUUGCCGUCCAGCUCCGCGGGUCGCGCCCCAGCAACGCGGAGAAGCCGGGAGGGCGCCGGGUCCGCAGCUGGUGACAUGUAGGUGCUCCUCCGGUGCUGCCCUCCAGCCGGAAAGUUUGGGGCUGGACGCCAUGGCCAAGAGCAGCUCUUUGAACAUCCGCUUGGUCGAGGGCCGGGCGCUGCCUGCCAAGGACGUGUCUGGAAGCAGUGACCCCUACUGUCUGGUCAAAGUGGACGAUGAGGUGGUGGCCAGGACAGCGACUGUUUGGCGGAGCCUGAGCCCCUUCUGGGGUGAGGAGUACACGGUGCACCUGCCGCGGGAUUUCCACCACCUGGCCUUCUACGUGCUGGACGAGGACACCGUUGGGCAUGAUGACAUCAUCGGCAAGAUCUCGCUGAGCAGGGAUGCGAUCGUGGCCGACCCCCGAGGCAUUGACAGCUGGAUCAACCUGAGCCGGGUGGACCCAGACGCUGAGGUGCAGGGCGAGGUGCGCCUGGCCGUGCAGGUGCAGGAAGACGUGCGGGGCCGUCGGCUGCGCUGCCACGUGCUGCAGGCCAGGGACCUGGCCCCGCGGGACAUCUCCGGUACAUCAGACCCCUUUGCACGGGUGUUUUGGGGCAGCCAGAGUGUGGAGACAUCGACCAUCAAGAAGACGCGCUUCCCACACUGGGAUGAAGUGCUGGAGCUGCAGGAGACGCCGGGAGCCCCGGCCCCUCUGCGGGUGGAGCUCUGGGACUGGGACAUGGUGGGCAAGAACGACUUCCUGGGCAUGGUGGAGUUCUCCCCUCAAGCUCUCCGGCAGAAGCCGCCCGACGGCUGGUUCCGCCUGCUGCCCUUCCCCGGAGCCCAGGAGGAUGCUGGGGGGUCCCUGGGAGCCCUGCGGCUGAAGGUCCGCCUGACCGAGGACCGCAUCCUACCGUCCCCGUACUACCAGCCUCUCAUGCGGCUGCUUGUGGAGUCUGUGCUGCGACCCUCAGAGGAGGACAUCACUAGCCCCCUGGCCAUACUGGAGGAACUGACCUUGGGGGACUGCCGCCAGGACCUGGCCACCAAACUGGUGAAGCUCUUUCUGGGCCAGGGCCUGGCUGUGCCCUUUCUGGACUACCUCACCCGGCGGGAGAUGGCUAGGACCGCUGACCCCAACACCCUCUUCCGUUCUAACUCCCUGGCCACCAAGUCCAUGGAACAGUUUAUGAAGCUCGUGGGCAUGCGUUACCUGCACGAGGUCCUCAAGCCUGUGAUCAGCCGAGUCUUUGAGGAGAAGAAGUACAUGGAGCUGGACCCUUGUAAGAUGGACCUGGGCCGGGCCAGGAGGAUCUCCUUCAAGGGCACACCCUCGGAGGAGCAGGUGCGGGAGACAAGCCUGGGGCUGCUGACCGGCUACCUGGGACCCAUCGUGGACGCCAUCGUGGGCUCCGUAGGGCGCUGCCCACCCACCAUGCGCCUCGUCUUCAAGCAGCUGCACCAGGGUGUGGAGGAGUACUUUCCUCAGGCGGAGCACCAGGACGUGAGGUACCUGGCCAUCAGCUGCUUUCUCUUCCUGCGAUUCUUUGCGCCGGCCGUCCUCACUCCGAAGCUGUUUGAUGUCUGGGAUCAGCACGCGGACCCCCAGACCAGCCGCUCUUUGCUGCUGCUUGCCAAGGCCGUGCAGAGCAUUGGGAACCUGGGCCAGCAGCUGGGCCAGGGCAAGGAGCUGUGGAUGGCCCCACUGCACCCGUUCCUGCUGCAGAGUAUCUCACGCGUCAGAGACUUCCUGGACCAGCUGGUGGACAUGGAGGGGGAUGAGGAAGUUGGAGGCCCCGCCGGGGCGCUGGUCUCUCCUUCAGCGACUGUCCGUGAAGGUUACCUGCUGAAGCGCAAGGAGGAACCCGCUGGCCUGGCCACGCGCUUCGCCUUCAAGAAGCGCUACUUCUGGCUCAGCGGGGAGAGCCUGUCUUACUCCAAGAACACCGAGGGUCAGGCUCGGUCCUGCAUUCCCGUAUCGCACAUCUGCGCGGUGGAGCGCGUGGACGAGGGCGCCUUCCAGCUGCCCCACGUGAUGCAGGUGGUGACAAGGGACGGCGCGGGGCCGCUGCACACCACCUACCUCCAGUGCAAGAACCUAAAUGACCUCAACCAGUGGCUGUCAGCCCUGCGCAAGGCCAGUGCCCCCAACCAGGACAAGCUGUCUGCCUGCCACCCCGGUGCCUUCCGCAGCGCACGCUGGACCUGCUGCCUUCAGACUGAGCGCUCAGCUCCAGGGUGCAGCCGCACACACUCGGCUGUCACCCUCGGGGACUGGAGUGACCCACUGGACCCCGACGCCGAGAUGCAGACGGUGUACCGGCAGCUGCUGCUGGGGCGGGACCAGCUCAGGAUGAAAUUCCUGGAGGAGCCCAACAUGGAUCCGACUCCUGAGGCAGACAUGGGGAAGGGUGCCAGUGCCACGGGAGGGAGCUGUCCUGCUGUUGGCGCCCAGCAGAGGGCAGCUGCUGCCCGCCUGCUGGAGGUGCUGUCAGAAUUGGACAGAGCCCACGAGGAGUUCCAGCUGCAGGAGCAAGGAAGGUCUACCCUGAGCCGCCCCCGGGUGCCCUGAGGAGCAGCAGUGUCCCUGUGGCUGUCAUGUACCUCUCCAUGCUGUGGCCCACCUGGAGGCUCCUGGCAUCACACCUGGCCCUGUGUGCCAAGGCCAGAAUGUGGUGGGGCACAGAAGCCCGCUCCUAGGGGCCAGCCUUGCACUGAGCCCAUCUCCUUCUUGGGACACAUCAGACUGGAGAGGACAGGAUGGAGAGCCCAUCCGCCACACCACUGACAAGGCCAGGGUGGCCCUGAGCUUCUGGCUCCAGCUGCACCCGACUUCCCGAUGCUCGAGUGGCCUGAUGGCCCCGGACAGGCACUAAAUGGUCUCGGCCC